AUAACGCAAUUCCAACGAUGUGUUUGCCGGGUAAAAGUACAAACGUUGCUGAAACAUGUUUAAAUAUGGAUAUCAACACUGAAACAGUAAACAACUUAGAAGACAAAACAAAUUAUGAAGAUAUGUCAGAUAAUGUGUUAGCAAAGGAUAUAGAAGAAAUAGAAUCAACUAUUAAUAUUGCCGAAUCAUUUACCGAAUUGACAAGAAACAUCCAUAAUGAAGAAACAGAAAAUUCAGUCUCGAUAAUGUCAACACCCAUUUCACAAGCAGUUAUACCCGUGCCAUUAAACACAGUUGACGUUGAAAAAGUUGACGUGGAAGAAGCUGAUAGAAAAAUUCAGAAAGCUAUGUCAGAAUCAAGAACAGCAAAAUUGAAGCUUCUUCGAGCGAACAAGAUAAUUAAUAAACUUAUGAAAUCAAAGGAAAUGUUGUUAAAACGUGUUAGACGGCUGACAUGUAAAAAAGAGAAAUUAAUAAAAGAAAUGUGUCAUUUGAAACAAAGCAAGAACUUGGAACAAGUGUUUAAUGACGAUCAAAUUGAGACUGUCUGUAGGCCACGUGGACGAGUUGACAGAUGGUCUAAUGAUACUAUCCGAAAAGCCCUUACAUUG